AUGAUUGUUUUGGACAGACUCGUGGGCCAUCGCCCAAAACGGCGCCGGCGCCUUUCCACUUAUGCAACUUUCUUAUUUAUCUUCUGCCAGCUCUUCAGCGAGGUAUCCCCCAUCGAAGAAUUCCGAUGCCCAAAAAUCGACAUUCGCAAUCAACCAAAGCGAGUGUUCGACCGAAGGGGUGAUCGAGUCUAUGAUUUCCCAAACCUACAAAACUGCACAAUUAUCGAGGGUUCACUUUCCAUCACAAUGAUGCCCUCCAAUACGUCAGCCAGCGAUUUUAUCGUCUUCAAGAAUUUGCGUGAAAUCACCGGAUAUUUGAUGAUCUUCCAAGUCGGCUCCCUACGAACGCUCAGCCGGAUAUUUCCAAAUCUUCGGGUGAUUGGUGGUAACGAGAUGAUCAUGAUGUAUUCGUUGAUUGUUUUCCAGAAUGACGAUCUGAUCGAGGUCAAUCUCCCGAAGCUGCAGACAAUUCGCAAUGGAGGGGUGCGGAUUUCGGAGAAUCCGCAUUUAUGCUUUGCGCAAACCGUUGAUUGGAGUUAUAUGGUGACCGGGCCGGUGAAUGACAUUCUGGUAGAAGAUCACAGCUCGAUGCCGACGACAAUCAAAGAAGGGGAAGCCCCGUGUGAUGAAUUUUGCACUAUCGAAGGCGACGGCUCCCAAUGCCGAAAGCUGAAAAAUGGAGAAAUUUCGUGUUGGAACAGCUCGACGUGUCAGAUGGACUGCCCCUACAAUCGUCUUGAAAAUGGAACAGGACCCGGACCUGGAUGUGCCGACGGCGAUAUGGCCAAAUGUCACGAUGAAUGCAUUGGCGGAUGUGAUGUGGGCAAUGAUGCUACUGCCUGCCAUGCCUGCAGACAUGUCAUCCACAACCAUACUUGCCAACGCCAAUGCCCCGAUCACCUCUACACAUUCUUGGAUCGCCGUUGCAUUAGCUACCAGGAUUGCAGAAAUAUCACGCGUCACAAGCCGAUCAAUGGUCAUUGCCAACUGCAAUGUCCAGAGGGAUAUCAAGAAGAUCCAAAGGAUUCCCAUAAAUGCGAGAAAUGUAAGGAAAAAUGCCCGAGGAAAUGUGAAGGAAAGACGGUGGAUGCGUUGAGCAUUGCGAUGCAGCUUCACGAUUGCUCAAUAAUCACUGGAAAUCUGGAAAUUGAGAUGCGAAUGGGAAUGGAUUCCGUUCCACCCGAGAAGCUGGUCGAAGCCUUUGGGAAAAUUGAAAUUAUCGAAGGCUAUCUGAUUGUCCGCUUCUCGCCCACGUUCAUCAGCUUGUAUAUGUUCAAAAGUUUGCAUACGAUCCGCGGCAAGGAACUCUUCCGCAACAAAUAUUCCCUGAUCAUUUUCGACAACCAGAAUCUGCGUCAACUGUUUGCUCCCGGCCAAAAAGUUCUGGCUGAAGACGGAAAAUUCCAGAUUCAAAACAACCGCAUGCUCUGUUUCAACCGGAUUCACGACUUUAUGAAGCUGGUCGGGAAGGAGUCGGAAAUGGACAUUGAGGAUCAAAGCCCAGAAACAAACGGAGAGAGGGCCGUCUGCGAAGAAUCAAGCUUGGAGGUGAAUGUGACGGAGGUGCUACACAACGGCUUCAUAAUUCAAUGGGCCCCGUUUAAUACGACUGACAGCGAUCACCGAAAGUUCCUCGGCUAUCAAGUCUUCUACAAGAAAGUCCCGAAAAUCGAUUAUAACAUGUCGGUCGAUGAUGAUCGAUCAGCUUGCUCCGAUUCGUGGAUGAUGCAUUUUGAGGCCGAAAAGGAUGAUAACUCGAAAGUUCGUGGUGCUCUAAUUGCCUCCAGCCACAUUAAUGCAAAUAGCAUAUAUGCUCUCUACGUGCAAACUCGUAUCGUCAAGCAUGCUGGCGCUCGUAACGCUGUGUCCAAGAUUCUGUUCAUAACCACCAAAUAUCAUCAUCCAAAUGAGCCCAAAUUCCUGAUCAGCAAGAGCUUGAGUUCGUCGGAGAUUGAAAUUGAAUGGUCACCACCUACGCAACCAAACGGCGAGAUCACACAUUAUAUCGUUAGCUGGGCACGAGAAGUCGAUGAAGUGGCUCAUGAACAUCCAUGUGGUGUUGAUCGGCUACGUAUUAGCCAUGCUGGAAAGGGGAACAAACCCGAACCUCCCGGAACAACAUCAGCAAUUUCUCGCUUUAUGAAGAAGGAUGAGGAAACGUGCAGCAAGACACCUGGCUGCUGCCAAUGUGCUGCCGUUUCAACCCCACCACCCACCCUACAAGCGGUCGAUCGAUUUGAGGACGAUGCAGAAGAAGUGUCCCAGAAUGCGCACUUUGAGGACGAGAUUCAGAACGUUGUUUUCGUUCAAUCAGCGACACGCCGAAAGAGGUCGAUCACCGAUGGAGAAGCUGAUAAGGAUGCACAGAUUGAAGCCAAGAAUAAGACCAAAGUCAAAAAGCCGAUGAAGCAAGAUGACAGGAAAACUGAGAAGAAGCCAAAUUCGCGUGCUAACACCGUCACCACUUCAAGCGUUCCAGCGGAGAAUUUGGGCGAAGACUACGUUUCGAAGACCAUCAACGUCACUGGCACAAAAUUUAUCAUCAAGAAUUUGACACAUUUUGGAAAUUAUCGGAUUUCCAUCUCGGCUUGCCAGAAUCGCAGCGCCCCGGAAAAUUACUGCACUCAGCGGCCUAACUGGAGGAAUGUUCGAACCUGGCCUAUCGCCGAGAAUGAUAUCGUUGACAACAAGACAAUCGGCGUCACGCUGCUAAACGGCACGACAAAUGACAUCAAGAUUCAAUGGGAUGAGCCAGAAGAUCCGAACGGAGCAAUUCUCGGUUACAAACUUCGUAUUGUCGACGUCGACACACCUUCGCAAGUGUUCGAUCGCUGUAUCAACCGCACGUUCUACAAUACGACGGGUGGAAUGAUUUUCAAGAAUCUGCCGGAUGGCACCUAUGAGAUCUUGAUCCAAACCGUCACUUUGGAAGGGCCGUCUGCUCUUUCGAAAUACUUGGAAAAGGUGACGGUGUCGGCGCCAUCAUGGUUUACUAUACAGCGUAUAUUGAUUGGUCUCUUGAGUCUCAUUGUUCUGAUUGCUGCUGGUGCCGUCAUCAUCUGGUUGAUCGUCAAACGAUACUAUGGCAAACAACUCGGCGAAUUCGUCCGCCAAAUAUCAGCCAAUCCAGAGUAUCUCUCUCAAUUAGAAGUCUAUAAACAGGACGCUUGGGAGCUGAAGCGCGAGGACUUGAAGCUUGAUGAAGAGAUCGGAAGAGGAACUUUUGGAAAGGUAUUCCGUGGAACCGGAAACAAGAUCCAAUCCUUGUGCGGUAUCGUGUUCGGGGAUUGUGCCAUCAAGACCGUCAUGGAAACAGCUACCAGCUCUGAUAAGCUACACUUCUUGCUCGAGGCGUCAGUGAUGAAACAAUUCAACACGUCGUUCAUCGUCAAGCUCUAUGGUGUUGUCUCGGAUGGACAGCCAGUGCUUGUGGUUAUGGAAAUGAUGGCCAAGGGCAAUCUGAGAGAUUAUUUACGCUCGCGACGUCCAGAUGCUGAAGAAAAUCUUGAUGGCCUACCAGUUCCCACCGAAGCUCAAUACUUUGAAUGGGCAUCACAAAUUGCUGACGGUAUGGCCUACUUGGAAGGGCUGAAAUUCUGCCAUCGUGAUUUGGCGGCCAGGAAUUGCAUGGUACAAGCUGAUGAAACCGUGAAGAUCGGCGAUUUUGGAAUGGCUCGGGAUGUCUACUAUCACGAGUAUUACAAACCAACCGGAAAGCGUUUGAUGCCUGUAAGAUGGAUGGCACCGGAAUCCCUGAAGGACGGCAAAUUCACGCUGAAGAGUGACGUUUGGUCAUACGGUAUUGUGCUUUACGAGAUGCUGACCUUGGCCCAACAACCGUAUCAGGGUCUCGCAAACGAUGAGGUGUUCAACUAUAUUGGUUUGUCACGGAAGACGUUGGAGAAGCCGAUGGAUUGUCCUGAUUUCUGGUACGAUCUAAUGACAUCUUGCUGGCGUUAUGACCCGAGGGAUCGACCGUCAUUCCACCAACUCGUCCAUCACCUCAAGGAUUUUGCAUCUGAGGACUUCCGAGAGAAAUCACACGUACUCAACCAUUCCACAAUUGAUGCUUCACGGGAAGAACCACCGUACGCGCCGGAACCAAGGAAAUAUCGACCGGAUGGAUCCGUGAUGCUGGAAAUGGACAAGCUCCCGAUGGAUGAAUCGGACGAUGAGCUCGAUAUGGAGGAUGACGUGCCGCUUCGACAGCACGAUUAUAUCACGGCUGGACCGGACGAUGAUGAUGACAGCCGUGAAUUGCCAUUCCAAGUCGAAUCAGCGCCCGUGAGCCGCAAAAAUCGUGCCGCCAAGGAAUACCCGGAUUUGAAUGAUGGUCGCGAAACGGGUAGCGAUCUUGACGAGGACCAAGUCGCCGGCCGAGCCGUGCCCCCCAUCGACACAUCACAUUUCACCAUUUGUAAAAACCAUGAAUUUGACUCC